UGUGGAGGGCACCUAUUAUUGAAGGGUGAGGGUAUAAAUACGAUCGUCAGGAAUGGGACGCCCUGUCGCCUCACCGGAAAACGGAAGACGUCAUCGCCAUGGUAACACAAAGACGCCUACUGUCAUGGCUGUAGCGCUGUGGCACAGGUUGCAACUAACAAGGAUCGCUGCUGCUUCCAGAAGACGAAAGCAUCCCACUUUUUUUCACUCACAUGUUUUCCAAUCCUAUUAUCUGGCAUUUCAAAUCCAACAAAUGAAUAAAUGAAUUCUGUCAGUUGUGUUCAAAUUUUAAGGUGUCAGGGGGUGCACAAUUAAAUCAAACGUCAGCAGAGAAGAAGAUUUGUUUCUUUUGAUUUAUCUUUUUACACCACUCUUUGUGAUGUUCUGUCCGUGUGAAAAAGGCGUGGGAGAAAUAAAGGACGCAUGUGGAACUUACAUCGAUCUGUUGUUUCCUCCUCCAUUUCGACGUUGCACUUCCUGAAAAAAUUGUCCAGAGUGAGCAUCAAUGCAGACUCGCUAUUUAAGGGCUGAACAGUCCACUCCCCCUCCGCACUACGUGGUUUGGGACGGCCCUUAAUAUGGAGGACCCUCCACGGGAACGCGCAAACGGAGGGGGAGUGUGUAGGGAUAGUGUGUAGGGGGCGGUUUGGGAUUCAGCCAUACUGUGGGGACAUCAGUGACUUUAAUUAAUUUGCUAGCAAGUGCCACAAUUAUGGACCUUUAAGAUGUACUCAGGAGUCUGUUAUAACUUGGACAUAUUGCUGAUUUUAAAGACCAAUAACAAAUUAAUUGUUAUUAUUAGUACAGGAUAUUUUAAGAAAAUGUAUCGCCUCUAAAUCAGCUGUUUUUCAACAUGUUACUCGUACUCUAUUUUGAAAGCGCUGCCAGGACUACUUCCGUUUCCUCCUGGAAGUUUCUGUUUAUUGACAUAAACCAGCACCAGCAGAAGGUUGAUCGAGACAUUUGUCAGUGUCUCCGAGUGUUGCUGUGUGUUUUGUGCGCCAACAAUCAGACUGUGGUCGGUUCUCCGGUUGGCAGCGGCGUCAUGGCAUCUGGAGGCCCCAUGAUGAACGGCGACAUCUCUCGCUCUCCCAAUCAGUCCGGCACUCUGGAGGAAACCCUGCAGCAGAUGAACAUCCUCAUCCAGGAGAACAGAGACCUGAAAGAGGCUCUGCGUCAGACCAACCUCACAAUGAAGGAGCGCUUCGAGGGACUUUCUGUGUGGCGGGAGAAGCAGCGACAGGAGCGAGACUUCCUGGAGGGCCGGCUGGAGGAGGCUCGGGGCCGAAUGGAGACGCUGAGCCUCCAAAACCAGGAGCUGAGCAAGAGGCUGGAGGAGUCAGGGAGGGCAGGAGGAGCCCCGGGAGGACGGCAGAGUGCAGAGGUGGAUGCUCUGCGUGCCCAGGUUGCUCGCCUGCAGGCAGAGAAGAACGACCUGGUGGCCCUGAACUCUGAGCUGCAGCUAAAAGCAGAGCAGGACUCCCGAGAGGACUCAUUUAUUGAGAUCAUUAAAGUGUCGGAUGGGGGCAUAGAUGGUCUGAAUGAAGCAUGUGGUGCUGAACGCAGCAGACGUCCAGACCUGAGCAUGACGUCAUCCCGGAUGGACAGCGAGGAGGUGACGGUCAGCCAGCUACUGCAGUCCCUGAGGAACGAGACGCAGAGAGGCGAGAGGCUGCAGGGCGAGCUGCAGGCGUGUGCUGCCAGAAUUAAAGAGCUGGAAGAAAGGAAGCUGAGUGCAGAGGAAUCAACCCAGACAGCUGAGCCAGAGACCAAGGAGGAUCCUAGGAAGGAGGAGAAGGCAGUUUCCGAGGUGGAGAAUCUGAAGUCUCAGAUGAUGACGCUCUUCAAAGAGCUGCAGCAGGCCCAGAGCAAGCUGGAUGAAGCAGAAGGCAUGAAGAAGAACCUGCAGGACAGAUGUCGGGAGGUGGAGCAGGACGUGGUGACUCUGAAGGCUCAGCUGGUGGAGAAACAGGCCGUUCAAUCGGAGAACGAGCGGCUGAAGCUGCAGCUGGGCAGCAUGCAGGCCCAGAGCCUGAUGGAGCAGAAGAAGGCUGGCGAGGAGAGGAACAACCUGGCACAGCUGAAGGACGCCUACACCAAGCUGUUUGAAGACUACACUGAGCUUAAGGAUGAGAGGAAGAAGCGAGAGUCUCAGCUGGUAGAGAAGGACGUGGUGGAUGAGCUGCAGCAACGGCUGACCGCUGCCGAAGAAGCUCUGGCUGUUAAACAGAACAAGAUUGAUGACAUGAAGCAGGAGAUGUUCCAGAAGGAGAAGGAGCUGGAGACCAUAUCUGUCUUCCAGGCUCAGGCCGAGGUCUACUCCUCAGACUUCUAUGCAGAGCGAGCAGCAAGGGAGAAGCUCCAUGAAGAGAAGGAGCGUCUGGCUGCUCAGCUGGAGUAUGUAAAGAAGCAGAACAGCCAGCUGCAGGAGGAGAUGGACUCAUUGGGCCGACGCUCACUGAACGAGAUGCAGAGGAGACACAUGCCACCGGCAGGAAAUCCACAUGGAGCAGGCACAAGCCUGGUUGGAAGAGGUACUGACUGGCAGCAUCAGGGGAGUAUUCCUGAGCACGCCUGUCCUAAAUGUAAUGAGAUCCUACCCGACCUGGACUCCCUGCAGAUCCACAUCAUGGACUGCAUCAACUAGACCUCCAUCAUUACACCAAUCACAACAACAGCAGCUGCAUUAGCACCUUAAUCUGAGUCUUCCUCUGCUUUGACCUGUACCUCUUCUGUCUGAUCCCUGUGACGUCACGCCACACAUCCCAUGUAAGAUCCAUAAUAUUCAUUCUAGGAUGGGAACACGUCGCUUUUCAAGGCGUUUAAACAGAAGGAUUUCAAAAGUCUGGAGUCUGGAAAUGCAUGUGAAAAGAGCUUGUCAUCUCUAGUUUGUUUUACAUUUGAAAACUGUAUUUGGAGCAGAUUACAAAAUAUAUCACAGGACAUCCUCUUGUACAUUUUGGGUCCAUGUCAUCUGGCACAGUCUCUCUGAUGCUGUAGUGACUGGAAACAAGCUAAGGAUGAAAUUCUUCAGGGCAAACACGUCUGGAACAGCAACUGCACGAACCCUUGGGUAGGAUUUCAGUUCGGUGCUGUCUGUCUGUCACAUGCACAUGAAUGAAUCAACCAAAGUUAAGCCUUUCCCAGUUGCUUUUGUUUACUAAGUAUUUGGUUGCUGAAGGCUUUUUAUAUUUUUUUGAAGGUUUCCUUUUCAAAUUUAGAUGAAAAUUCCUUCUAUAUUUUUUCUCAGUAAGUAUAUUUAGCUCAUGAUUGGGGUUUCAGUGUUAGUGGGGAAAACAAGGAGCAUGCACCAUGUAGGCACUUUAAUAAGAAGAUCUAUAUUUUGUUUGAACUCUGCAAUGAUACCCAGUAGAUAGUACACAAUAUAUUUAACUUGUUAAUCAACCUGUUAUUGUAGUGCAGGAGGCUCCCUGUGGAGGCUUUCUGAUUCCAUGUUGUAAAUUUGUGAAAGAAAAUAAAAUUCUUUUCAAGUUUU